CUAAGAUGUUGAGCAAGGUUAACAAUAAUUCACCCUGACAAGAGGCAAUAAGAGUAGUAUCGUCGGCAAACCUUAAAUUAGAUGUCUUCAUUCCACCAAGAGUUACACCACUGUGUCAACCGUCUAUGUUACCGUCAAUUCUUACUCGAGCUGUCUUGGACUCAUAGAACUGUUGACGCUGUUGAGAAAUAUCAGCUGGUGAGGAACACCCAUAGUUUAGGACACUUUACGUUGUCAAAUGCCUUAGGGUAGUCCACAAAGCAGAUAUAGACUGGAAAGUACGCUGCUCUGGCCUUUUCAAUAAUCUGCCUGAAGUUUAAGAUCUUUUCGCGCGUACCUGCCUGCUUUAAAGAUAUUUGCCAGUUCACAAAACGUGGACAUAUCUCAGCUCACAAAGAAGCAGUUGAUGGUCUGAGCCACAAUCGGAACCUGGUAGAGUUUUACAAAGACUGAUAGAUGACCUCCAUCAUGUUCCAAAUUCCAACCAAAUUUUAAUCGAUUUAAUUUGAAUAUUGUCCACCUGGUGAGACCCAGGUAUACAGACGUUGCGUUGUGCAAACAAAGGUGUUGCCAAUAGAGAAGCUGUGAUCAAUACAAAUCUAAACUAAAUUUACAAUAAUCAAAUGAAUAUUUCAGAUCCCUGGUACUAUUCUACGUAUUAUUUGUGAUUGCCGCUUCAAUUUACGAACGUUACGUAAUGCAAGGCGAAAAAUUGCACUACUACGAACAAACCAAAACCAGUCACUUCAUAGCGGCCUUUUCCAUACCCAAAAAUUGGCACAGAUUAAGAUCCACCAGCAACACGAACCAGGAAUAUCGGAAACUGAGAUCUAUACAAGGGAUUCGUUUCUACAACAUAAUUUGUGUUGUAUUAUCGCACACGAUUAUGGGUACUUUGGGUGGAGCUGUGUCCAAUCCUCGAUACACUGAACAUAGUACCAAACAUGUCUUGAACAUGUUCAUAGCUAAUGGUUGGUAUAUAGUCCAAACAUUUUUUGUUAUAUCAGGCUGGUUACUAUCCUAUCAUUUCUUCGAAAUGACUUCUGGAAGCAAACACUUCAAAAUAACGUACAUUUUUUGGGCAAUUUUGAACAGAUAUCUUCGAUUAGUUCCUGCGGUUGCUCUAAUGGUAGGAUUUCAUGGCACAUGGCUGGUUCAUUUAUCUAAAGGUCCUUAUUGGGACAUGUUCGUUGGCCAAGAGUACAGGAACUGUCGCAAAAAUUGGUGGACUAAUGUUUUGUUUAUUAACAACUAUAUCGACAAUAAUAAUAUGUGCUUACAUCAAACUUGGUACAUUGCAGCAGACAUGCAACUAUUUAUGGUUUCUGUGGCGGUUUUAUACGUGAUUUGGAACUACCCCAAAACGCUGAAAUAUAUUUUCGGAACUUUACUGUUCGUUGGAUUCCUCACCCCUGGAAUGAUUGCUUAUGUGAAUAAUUACGAUAUCGUCAUACGACAAUAUCCAGAGAUUCUCUAUAAUUUAAAUCUAUUGAGGCUCGACCACUGGCACCAACUAUACAGUUCGGCCUAUUCGAACAUAUUCGGUUACACAGUUGGAAUGGUUUUCGGAUAUUUAUUUUUCUCCUACAAAAAUGUUACUCUCAAUAUAAAUAAGAUACACGUAAUUCUAUGGUGGUUGUUGUCCUUUGGAAUGUGCAUUUUCGUGGUCCUGAUAGCUGUAGUGUUUUACGAUCCCAAUUUCAUGGUAACGCCGCUUAAAAGCGCCCUUUAUUGGUCGUGUGGUAAAAAUCUGUUCGCUCUGGGCAUCAGCAUAGGGAUUUUUGGGCUCACGCAAAAAAUUGGAUGGUUUGCUAGAUGGUUUUGCGAAUUCCAACCGGUUCAAGUGCUAGGAAGGCUCACUUAUAGCACCUACAUCAUACAUGUGGCGUUUAUCAGAUGGCAAAUGGGCUAUAGAAGAUAUCCAGCUUCAGCUAACGAUAGCAUGAUUUUUUUUGCAGUUCUGAGAGACGUCACUCUGGCUUAUUUGGGUGGCACCCUCUUGUGCUUGUUUUUGGAAAUGCCAGUGUCUGCCCUACAGAAGCUAAUGGGAUUCAAACAGAAUAAGCGGCCAGCUAAGAUGUCUGCCGAAAAAUCCUUGGAAACACUAGAUUUGGAUUGCGACAAUGGACAAACCCAAUUGAAGCUGUAAUUUGAUUGAAAUAAAGAUUUCUUAUUA